AUGGCAGAUGGUACCUACAGGUUCCAGCAGCCUGGGGCCGGGCAGUUCUUCUUCCAAUCGCAGUCACAACAGCAUUCUCACCAACGUCACCUUCUUCGCAACGGCACAGGCUCCCCGACUGGACGGCUGAAAUUCAACCACGAGACCCCUUCUCCUUCCCGAUCGCCUCCGCUCGGCCAAGCUGCUGCUCUAAAUCCCUUCACAAUGUAUAGCCAGACUCACCAAGGGCAGCAUGUCAUGAUGAGCAGCGGCCAAGCCCACCAGCGGUUUGGUAUGCAGAUGCCCAAAUUUCAGACACAAUCUCAUCACCCACACCCUGCACAGCAACCACACCACCACGCGCAUCAUAAUCAACCCCCUCAACAUGUCGGUCAUCAGCAUAACUUCUCCAGUGGGGCUCUAACGAGCGCUACCCCUCAUUUCACUCCGAGCCACAUCCAGAAUGGGACGCACGCCAACCUUGAUGAAGAUCUUGACGAAUCCAUGAACGAGCAUUGGCAGCAACAACUUCAGCUGGCUGCCGAAUCGCGACAGGCCAGUUCACCCCACUAUUAUGCUCGGGCCGUAGCACAACAGACCAAAGGCAUCCAGAUUGCUCCUAGCCAACCCGAAGCACAAGAGAAUGGGGUUAAACCGAAAAACGGGAUUGUGAAGACGCAGGCUUCCCAACGGCAAGGUUGGCAUUCGCUCGAUUUUGGUGGUCAAGGUCUCCGCGCCAUCUCAACGAACCUUUUCAGUUAUCUCUUCUUGGAAAAACUGUAUUUGAGUCACAACAAGCUGAAAGUGAUCCCUCCGGAAAUUGGACAACUGCGGGGUCUUACCCACCUGGAUCUGUCUAGCAACGAGUUAACCGCGCUCCCUGAAGAAAUUGGUAUGCUCACGAAUUUGAAGCAGUUUCUGCUGUUCGACAAUCAUAUCCGUACGCUCCCUUACGAAAUGGGAUAUCUCUAUCGAUUGGAAAUACUGGGAAUCGAGGGCAAUCCAUUGGAGGAUGUGUUCAAGAGUCUAAUUAUGAAAGAGGGUACCAAGGCUCUGAUCAAGUACUUGAAAGAAGAGAUGCCAGUCCAACUCCCACCUCCCGAUCGAGGCUGGCAUGUCCUGGACGAUACCGCAGCUACUUAUGCUGACAAAGUUACCGUGCUUUCCUACAACACUCUUUGUGAUUCCUCCGCAACACAAUCCCACUACGGCUACGUGCCGUCCCGCGUUCUUUCCUGGGAAUUUAGAAGAGAACUUAUCCUCAGCGAGUUGCGGUCUCACGAUUCGGAUAUUAUCUGUCUCCAAGAAAUUGACCAGGGCAGUUACAACGACUUCUUCAGGGAACAACUGGCCUAUAAUGAUUAUAAGGGUGUUUACUGGCCGCGAGGAAGAGCCAUGGGUAUGCAAGAUGAGGAUGCUAGGCUGGUCGACGGGUGUGCUACUUUCUUCAAGGGCAGCAAGUUCAUACUCCUUGACAAGCAGAUGAUCAACUAUGGCCAGACAGCUGUGCGAAGACCUGAUGCCAAAGGCCAAGAUGACAUUUACAACCGACUGUGGCAGAAAGACCAUAUUGCGGUUGUUGUCUUUCUGGAAAACCGUCAAACUGGAUCUCGCUUCAUUGUUGUCAACGCGCACCUUUACUGGGAUCCUGCUUUCAAGGACGUCAAGCUUAUUCAGACAGCUAUCCUUAUGGAGGAGAUUACGAAGCUCUCGGAAACAUACGCCAAAUGGCCCGCUUGUACGGACAAGACCGCUUUCCGCUUUUCGGAAGCCGAAGGCGAAUCCCAGGCCGUGCCGGAACCUGCUCCGUCCAUGGAAUAUGCGAGCGGUGACCAGAUCCCGCUCUUCAUGUGUGGAGACUUCAACUCAUCACCCGGGUCCGCGGCUUACAACCUCAUCGCAAACGGACGACUUCCGGAAGAGCAUCCCGAUCUAGAGAAGCGCAUGUACGGAAACCUCAGCAGAGUCGGCAUGACACAUCCCUUCAAGCUGAAGUCUGCGUACGGCUCUAUUGGGGAGAUGAGCUUUACGAACUACGUUCCGGACUUCAAGGAUAUACUGGAUUACAUUUGGUAUACCUCGAAUUCUCUCCAUGUCUCGGCGCUACUCGGGGAAAUCGACAAGGACUAUCUCCGAAAAGUACCCGGGUUCCCCAAUUAUCAUUUUCCCAGUGAUCAUAUCGCAUUGUUCGCGGAGUUUUCAGUUAAAGGUAAAAAGGGCAAGGUUGUGGAAGCGGAUUUUGGACCGCAGCGGAACUGA